GUCGGCCACUGUUCUUGUUCUUGGUGGGGCCCCAUGGUACAGAAACCCCAACGCCACCUCUCCCUGACUCCCUCCACCUCUCUCAUGGCUUCCACCGGAGGGAGAUUGAGCAGAGCACCAAACACACCUCCUUGACGGAACCGAUCCAGCUCGCCUUCCCCCCCUCCCAACCAAUCAACCAGAUCCACUCCUCCUCCGCUGGACCAAGGCCUCCCGGCUCCGGUCGAUCUGUCCUGCGGCUGCGGGGCACUGAUCUUGGCCCCGUUUCCAUCUUGUUGGGACUUGUUGGAAGGGGGGCAAAGCCGCCAGGAAGUAGGCUGGAGGUGGAGCGACAAGGGGAAGGCAGAGAAACAAGUUUGAUCCAGUGAAGUUGAGGAAACUUGGGCCGGCAUUUCAGAAGAUUCGCUCUGUAACUUCUGGUCACACAAUGACUUUAGUAGAUUUCAUAGACCUGAGUGAUGAUAAUAUCAUUGACUUGACCAACGAUGAAGCGACUGUUCAAGAGGAUCAAAAUGCAACUCAAGAUCGGCAGACACUGCUUGAUAGGCGGAGAAUGUUUCUCCUAGCUGGUGAACGUAGCCAAGAUGUGCAGGAUGUGUUUGUUGCAGCUACUGAACCAACGGAAGAGGCUGCUGAGUCCGGACAGGCUUUGGAAGCCACCACAUCGUCCUUGAUUACGGAAGAAACACCUUUUGUUGCAGCUAGUGAAGGAAGACAAGAUGUUCAGUCUAUGUUUGUUGCAGCUAGUGAAGGAAGGCAAGAGGCUGCUGAGUCUGGAAGUGCUUUAGAAGCUACCCCAUUGUGCUUCCUUAAGGAAACAACACUUCUUCAUCCGGCUAAAUCACCGAACUGUCAUCGCUCUCCAACAUCAGUGCCAUUUCCCAGCCCGACUUCCACCACUCCGAAAACUCAGACUUCUGAAGGUGGCGAUGCAAAGUCAGUGAUAGUGAAGAGGAAAUAUUGUAAGCGGAAGUACCAUACCGACACUCCUAGAAGAAGUCCUAGGCUUAUACAGAUUUGUGAAUGUUGUACCAGUCCUGUGAAAGAGCCGACAGCCGACCACGAAAGGUCUCGCAUGCUCAGGCCAGCAGAAGAAUCAGCUGCCUCUACUGACAAGGCAGGACCUGCAAAGCCCCUCUCUACUGACAUCGCAAACUAGCUGUAGAAGACUGAAUGUGGUACCUGAUUCCACAUGAUACCUCUCUAACUUGUGUUGAUGUAGUUCCUCUCAUGCGUAGUAUUUAUGGAACCACUCUUAUUGCAUCUGUAGUGGGAUCUGAGUUCACGUUACCCCAGCUAUCUCGGAAUUGUAUUUCCAUUGUAUUCGUCGAGAAUGUAUGUUGUGGAUGAACAUGAAGAUGGCAAAGCAGCUGCUGUUAACUGGGAGCGUAGAGAACUUCUUGCCAUCCUGGAUCCAAUCUGAGAUGUAACCAAACAAAAAAAGACUGAAAUCUGUGAUAGCAACUGCUUUUUUGAAA